AUGGCCGACAUGAAUGCCGAGAGCAUUCAGCAGAAGAUUCAGAUUGCAAGGCGCGAUGCCGAAGCAUUGAAGGACCGGAUAAAGCGGAAGAAGGACGAGCUGGCUGACACCACCCUCCGCGAUGUCGCCAAGGAGAGAGUCGAGCAGCUGCCCAGGCUCACCAUGAAGACCAAGCGCACCUUGAAGGGUCACCUGGCCAAGAUUUACGCGAUGCACUGGUCGACGGACCGCAGACACCUCGUCUCCGCCUCGCAAGACGGAAAGCUCAUCAUCUGGGAUGCCUACACUACCAACAAGGUCCACGCCAUCCCGCUCCGCUCGUCAUGGGUCAUGACCUGCGCCUACUCCCCAAGCGGCAAUUUCGUCGCCUGCGGUGGUCUCGACAACAUCUGCUCCAUCUACAACCUCUCGGCAAGAGAAGGCCCCACCCGCGUCGCCCGUGAGCUUUCUGGCCACUCUGGUUACCUCAGUUGCUGCCGCUUCAUCAGCGACCGCCGCAUUCUCACUUCUUCUGGUGACAUGACCUGCGUUCUGUGGGAUCUCGAGACCGGCUCUAAGGUCCACGAGUUCGCCGACCACCUUGGUGAUGUUAUGAGUCUUUCCAUCAACCCGCUCGACAACAACCAAUUUGUCUCUGGCGCUUGCGACGCCUUCGCCAAGCUCUGGGAUAUCCGCCAGCAGAAAUGCGUCCAGACCUUCGCGGCGCACGACUCUGAUAUCAACGCUAUCCAGUACUUCCCCAACGGCAAUGCUUUCGGUACCGGCUCCGACGACGCUUCUUGCCGCCUCUUUGAUAUUCGUGCCGACAGGGAACUCCAAAGUUACACUAUUGGUGAGCCUGUCUGCGGUAUCACGUCGGUUGCUUUCUCCGUUUCCGGAAGAUUGCUGUUCGCCGGUUACGAUGACUUCGAGUGCAAGGUUUGGGACGUCCUCCGUGGCGAGAAGGUCGGUACGCUGCAAGGUCACGACAACCGUGUCAGUUGCUUGGGUGUUAGCAAUGACGCGAUGAGUCUUUGCACUGGCUCCUGGGACUCUAUGCUCCGCGUCUGGGCUUAA